CACCGCCGCUUGGCUCUGGGGUGGGUGGGGGAGAGCCUGGGGAGGAGCUGCUGGAGCUGCCGGAGCCUUCCGUUGGGAGAGAUCCAUUCUACAGGCUUCCAGUCAGACCGGGAAAUGGCACUGUGAACUCUAGCUGAAAUUAGGCGAACUCCAAAGCCAGAUCAUGGCUACAGUGCUGGAGCCAGAGGACCAGGAUCUUUGGGAGGAGGAAGGAAUCUUAAUGGUAAAGCUGGAAGAUGAUUCCACUUGGAUGCAAGACCCAGUCCUACAAAAGGAUGAUGCCGUGCUUGAGACCUCACAUCAGAAUUUCCGGAGAUUUCGCUACCAGGAGGCAUCAGGGCCCCGGGAGGCCCUGAGCCGACUCCGGGAGCUUUGCCAUCAGUGGCUAAGGCCAGAAAGGAGGACAAAGGAACAGAUCCUGGACUUGCUGGUGCUAGAACAAUUUCUAACUGUUCUGCCUGGGGAACUGCAGAGCUGGGUGCGGGGGCAGCGGCCAGAAAGUGGUGAAGAGGCAGUGACGCUGGUGGAGGGUUUGCAGAAACAACCCAGGAGACCAAGGCGGUGGGUGAGGAGGGGGAGUCGUGAUCUAUGUGAUUUGGAGGAGGAAAGCUUGAUGGUGACGGUCCAUGUGCAUGGCCAGGAAGUCCUCUCAGAGGAGACAUCAAAUCUGGGAGCCGACCCGGAGUCACCGAUCGGACAGCCGGAGCCUGUGCAUGCCCCAUCCCUGGAGGAGUCCCAUGAGGAGUCCCAUGAGGAGUCGCAUGAGGAAGGGCCACAGAGCCCAGAUCUGAGCACUGAGGAGCAGAGCCACUGCCAUGAAGAGGAGCCCCAGCCCCUACAGGAGAGCGAGUUUCCUGUUCCCCAGCACCAUGUCCUUCCUGAGGAGGGAAGCCGUGGAGAUCAGGAGAUGGUUAACCUUCUUACAGCCAUAUCCCAGGGACUAGCAACUUUCAAGGAUGUGACUCUGUCCUUCUCCCAGGAGCAGUGGGGUGAACUGGAUCCAACACAGAAGGAAUUCUAUGGAGAAUAUGUCUUGCAGGAGGAUUGUGGAAUUGUAGUCUCACUAACAUUUCCAAUCCCCAGAUUAGAUGAAGUCUCCCAGGCUGAAGAGGAGGAAGAAUCUUGGGUCCCAGAUUUGGAAUAUACCCAAGAUCCUGAAGAUACAGAGAUCCUGAGUUUUACCUAUACAGGUGAUAGGAGUGAGGAUGAGGAGGAGUUUCUUGAACAAGAAGAAAUCAAUAUUGACGACCUACAGAGAACUACUUUGGGAAGUCCAGAAAUUCCCCAGAAUAUUGAUUGGGAACUACUCUUUGAGGAUGAACCAAGUAGCCCUAGUGAAAAGAGAAUGAAUACGAGUUUUUCUCCUCCACAUAGUUUCAUGAGCCUUCGAGAGAACUUACAAUUACAUCCACUAUUAGGGAGAUCUCAUGACUGCCCUGUGUGCAGAAAAAACUUCAGUUGCAACUCCCAUCUUAUUAGGCAUCUCAGAACCCACACAGGAGAAAAGCCUUAUAAAUGUCCUGAUUGUGGGAAAAGUUAUACUCGUAGCUCUCACCUUGUCAGGCAUCAGAAAAUCCACAAGUUGCAAGUACCAUUUACAUUUCCUCAUAAUAGGGACAGAUUUGAUGAAAUCUCCCAGUCAUUCCAACAUGAAAUAAUCCCACAAACUGAGAAACCUUAUAGAUGUGAAACAUGUGGGAAACACUUUCGCUGGAGCUCAGACCUUGUCAGGCACCGUAGAACACAUACAGGAGAGAAACCUUUCUUCUGUAGCAUUUGUGGGAAGAGUUUUAGCCAGAAGUCUGUCCUCACAACACACCAAAGAAUCCACCUGGGAGGUAAACCUUAUUUGUGUGGGGAGUGUGGGGAGGACUUCAAUGAUCACAGACGGUAUCUGGCUCACCGGAAAACCCAUUCAUCUGAGGAGCUCUACCUCUGUAAUGAAUGUGGGAAGUGUUUUAGCCACAGUGCAGCAUUUGCCAAGCACCUGCGAGGACAUGCAUCAGUGCGAUCCUGCAGGUGCAACGAGUGUGGGAAAAGCUUCAGUCGGAGGGACCAUCUUGUCAGGCAUCAGAGAACACACACUGGCGAGAAGCCAUACACGUGCCCCACCUGUGGAAAAAGCUUCGGGAGAGGAUACCACUUGAUCAGGCAUCAGAGGACCCAUUCUGAAAAGACUCUUUUACAGGACUCAAGUGUAGAGAGAGCUGCAUUGAGAAAAGUAUCCCAAUCUGAGGAUGGGCUGUGAAAAAAGCCUUCCUAUCACCUUGAAACUGGGGCUUCUUGCAGGGAGUCCCUCUGACCAGCCCAGAUCUUGCCUCUCCUCUUUCUGUGUUCUUGUGCAGAUCCUCUCAAUCUUCUUGGUUGCUUUUGAGGGGACAUUUUUUUUUCUAUUCUGCUACCCCAGUAGGGCUUCUCCUCCACUGAGGGAUCCUGUUUCUACAUCUUUGGGAUAAGUUAGGAGAGUGAGAGAGUGCUAAGGAGAUGUGGUUAAGACACCUUCCAGGAGAGGCUGUGGUGUCUCUAAAAUAUCUUGGCUUUCUUGAGUAAAAAGUGACAUAAAAUGAGCCACAGGCUUGCUGGGCUUCUGCAUGUCAGCAGACAGCCCUGUCUGAGACAGGAGAUAUAGGGCCCUUUGACUUUGCAACAAAUUCACUGGAUAACUCUGGACAGACAGACCCCUUGUCCCUUCUGUGAUUCAAUUGCCACAUCUCAAAAUGGAGAAUACUGUUGAUGCACUUUCUUUUGACGGUACAGGGUGGAAUGGCAAAGAAUUCUGUUCUUAUCAAACAGGCACUCAAGGCUUAUUGUUUGAGGCCCUUUGUGGCUUCUCCCUUCCCAGUUGCCAGGGUGGUGGUAAGCAGUGCUGAGAUGGAGCUAAGAAGGAGGUCUCUUACCAAAGUUGGCUUCUCUUUUCCUACAUGUUCUCUCUCUGUUGCCAUUCAUUCACACUCUUAGCCUCCUUUUUUCACCAGGUUCUUCUGUUUCUGUCCCAGGAAAUACUUCUACUACUCAAGGUGAGGUGGGGGAAUAAGUAAAACAAUUAGGAUUUAAAUUAAAAGAUAUCAUUUCCUAUCCCUUCCCCCCUACCCCCUUUUAGAUCUUAUGGGAAUUCAAGAGUAGUAACAGUUUAGAAAGGUACCAUGGUACUAGAGUCAUUUUGACUGAAAUGUCAUAGUUCCAUGGGACCAUCUACCAAGUGAAGAACUGAGUGGCCUCACAAAAUCAAGAAAAAAUUAUCUGAGCCUUUCUGAGGUGUCCAUAGCAAAGCAACUUGAGAUGAGGUUCCCUGCUGACACCUUGUUCCCAUCAACUUCUGCAUAGUAUAUUAUAUCUGAUAUCAGGAAAAGAUUCUUCUCUAGCCAGCACCUAGGAACUCAGAUCAUAUUAGGAGUGGUUGAUUUUAAUGCAUUUGUGAGUUUUUUUUCCCUCUUAUUUUGUGUUUAGCUUCAUUCUCCUGUUAGUGACAAAACAAUAGCAAUCUCUCAGUGUUCCCAAGAACCCUUAUCUGAUGAGGGUUGCCAUGGAAAUAAGGCAAGUUGCCAUGGCAACUCAUGAGCCCAACCUGGUCUAAUGUGGGUGUGGUAGACUGGAGGAACUUCUUCCUGUAGUUGGAACACAAAAGUCUGGGCAUGAAAGCACAAGGGGGACGAAGGCCCCUCUAUUCAGUGCCUGGCUUACUCCGCUGUACUAUGCCACAUAUGCUACUGAUAGACCUCUAUGCUGUAGGUGAUAAAAUGGGUUAAUAAUACCAGGCUCUCCAUCCAUAUGAAACACCUCUGUACCUGCUCCCUCUUUAUAAAGGAACUUUUAUUUUGUUCA